GGCAGUGAGGCAGUGAGCGUAGCUGCCACUUUAACUGACAUGCCUUACAUUCUGCGCUGGGAAGCGCUGGGAUGCUGUCAGAUGCCUCGGCAACUUCUUUUCUCAGGCGUGGUAAUUGAGAGGCUUACUGGAGACCAAGAAAUAAAACAGGAAUUGAGGAUUUUUGUUGGCUUUUAAAUUGAGGACUAUCUCUUUUUUUUGGCUUUUAAAAAAAUCUGGUAGAAGAGAGGGAAAAGCAUCUUCACAGUGGGGCUAGAUUCAUCCCUCCAAAGUUACAGCUGGUCAAAAUCUGCCUCCUCGUGCAGAUAUGGCAACAGGCAGUCAUCACAUUUCAUCAUUUCAUACAAAACAGGCCUCUGGACAGCACAAAUCAUCUAAUAUGAGCAGGUCAGCAUCAACCACGAUGGAUCUCAAGAGUGGCCUGGAUGAAUGUGCGGUAGCAUUGAACUUAUUUCUAAGUAACAAAUUUACAGAUGCCUUAGAAUUGCUUCAACCAUGGGCUAAGGACAGCAUGUACCAUGCCUUGGGCUACAGUACCAUCGUGGUGUUGCAGGCCAUCAUGACCUUUGAGCAACAGGACAUUCAAAAUGGCAUCUCUGCCAUGAAGGACGCCUUACAAACCUGCCAAAAAUAUAGGAAAAAAUGCACGGUUGUAGAAUCUGUCUCAAGUUUUCUUUCUAGAGGAUCAUUGGAACAGAUGACUGAAGAGGAAAUGCAUGCCGAAAUCUGUUACGCCGAGUGUCUCCUACAGAAAGCAGCCCUCACGUUUGUGCAGGAUGAAAAUAUGAUCAACUUCAUCAAAGGUGGAAUGAAAAUUAGAACAAGUUAUCAAAUAUAUAAAGAAUGUCUUUCUAUCCUGCAUGUAAUUCAGAAGAACAAAAUGGAGCAACAGUUCUUCUAUGAGUUUGAAGGGGGUGUCAAACUUGGAAUAGGGGCCUUUAAUUUGAUGCUCUCCCUUUUACCAGCACGGAUUAUCAGACUGCUAGAAUUUAUAGGAUUCUCUGGAAAUAGGGAAUUGGGCCUCCUUCAGUUGCGGGAAGGUGCAUCUGGAAGAAGCUUGAGGUCUCCACUAUGCUGCUUAACUAUACUAGCUUUCCAUACUUAUAUCUCCCUAAUACUUGGUACGGGGGAGGUGAAUCUUGUGGAAGCAGAGGGCCUCCUCGCGCCCUUCCUCCAGCAGUUUCCAGAUGGCUCACUCAUGUUGUUUUAUCAUGCCCGAAUAGAGCUGCUGAAAGGGAAUGUGGAAAAGGCACAAGAGGUAUUUCGAAAAUGCAUUUCAGUUCAAGAAGAAUGGAAACAGUUUCACCAUCUCUGUUAUUGGGAGCUGAUGUGGAUUCAUGUAUUCCAACAAAACUGGAUGAAGGCAUAUUACUAUUCAGAUCUGCUUUGCAAAGAGAGUAAAUGGUCCAAGGCCACAUAUGUGUUCUUAAAAGCUGCUAUUUUGAGUAUGCUUCCAGAGGAAGAUGCCGCAGCAACUAAAGAGAAUGUGGUAACGUUAUUCAGACAGGUGGAGAGCUUGAAGCAGAGAAUUGCUGGGAAAUCUAUUCCUACUGAGAAGUUUGCUGUGAGGAAGUCUCGACGGUACUCCCCCUCGCUGCCUGCCCCCGUGAAGCUCGUCUUGCCUGCCCUGGAAAUGAUGUACAUCUGGAAUGGUUUUCCAGUAGUGUGCAAAAGAAAGGACCUUUCGGAAAAUCUGUUGCUAACUGUUGAAAAGGCUGAGGCAACUUUACAAAAUGAAAAUUUCAGCGACUACUCGGUAGAUGACGAGUGCUUAGUGAAGCUGCUGAAAGGCUGCUGCCUGAAAAACUUACAGCGGCCCUUGCAAGCGGAGCUGUGUUUUAGCCACGUCAUCCAAAGUGAAAAGCUACUGAAGUUUGACCACUACCUGGUGCCAUUUACUCUGUUUGAGUUGGCAUUUUUGUACAAAAGCCAAGGGGAGAUUGACAAGGCUGUAAAGGCUCUUGAAACUGCGAGAAACAACUACAAAGAUUACUCCAUGGAGUCUAGACUACACUUCAGAAUUCAGGCAGCUCUUCACCUCUGGAGAAAACCUUCCUCAGAUUGAUCAGAACGUGAGGAGUGGAAUUUUCUCUCCAUUAACACCGGCAUCUGCUAUAGAUUAGACCUUGUAUUCAAGUGGAAAAGUGAUCUUGUGAAUGGAGACAAAAAGUCAACUUUAUUGUCAAUAUUUUCUAUCAUCUGUGUGGUUUACUGUUGUUCUACAUAAAUGUUUUUUUCUUCCCUGCUGUGGAAUAAUGUUCAAUACUAUCUAGAAAAUUUGUAUAUUUUGCCUCUCCAAAAAAAAUUUCAUAUUAGAUUUGAAUUGGAGAGUGAAGAAGUCUUUUAGGGGACUCACAGGUACAAUAAAGUCUAAUUAGAUUAUUUAUUUUUUUAAUAUGAAAGUUAAUAUUGUUUAAGUAACAUGGCUUACAAGUUGAGCCAUUUUUAGAUUUGUUGGUCAGUUAAACCUCAGAUAUUUUGUUGCCUCGUAUUUACAUUUCAGAGGGAAAAAGAAAAUUGCCUACUUUCAAGAUAGCUUUCUAACCUUCUGAACAUAGGCAGUGGGUGAAGAUGGGGAUGGAUAAUGUAGUUAAUUGGGUGUAAAGGCUUGUAGUUAUCCAAGGUGAUGAAAUACUGUUUUUUGUUUGUUUGUUUGUUUGUUUGUUUGUUUUAUUCAUGUAAGUUAAAGGUUGUGACAUUUUUGAGAAACUAUCCUGUUUUUGAAUGUACUUAAGUCUAUUAUAAUAACAAAAUAAAAAAAAAAGUGUAUCUAAAGGGAAUAAAAAGUUAUAUUUUAGAAAUUAUCCUCAACCUUAGCAAUGAGAGCUUAAAAUAUAUUAUGUUGAUUAUUUUUUUAUAGGAAGCAACAUAUCCUGCUGCUUUAAAUGAUAUGUAAAAUAUGAAUAAUUUUUACACUCUUGAUGUUGGUAAGAUCUACUUUUGUAACUUCUUUAGCACUGUGAUGGUUCCUUGUAAAUAUCUGGACUGUGUUUAGUCCUAUAAUUUGGAAACACAAUCAGGGCAUUGAGUGGAAGAGAGCCCGACCCCUUGUGGUUGGUCCUGGCUCUGCUACCGGUUAGCAGUUUCCAGAGUGACCUCAAGGGAGACCCCGUGCUUGCUGUAUCACUGUAUUUUCCUUAUCUGUGAAAUGGAAAAUGAACAGAUGACUGUCAAGGUCUCUUUCUGUUUUAUUACUGUUAGUCUGUGUUUUGCAUAUUUAUUUUCAUCAAACAACUGUUAAAAUGUUUAAUCAGAACCACU